AUGACUGCGGCCAACCUCAUCCCCGAAGUCGCCCGUCAUCAAGUAGCAUCUUUUCAUGAGCCCAAGUUCACCAAAUUCCUCCUCCUACCCGCGGAGCUACGUCUCAAGAUCUUCGCAGCCUACUUGCACCUAGAGACAGCGCACAAUGACUCCACGCUGGCGGAUCAUGGCCACCUCAGAUACCGCAAGCCUUGUUGCGACGUCUUCGAGGCCUAUUUGGAGAAUGCGCGCAACACCUCGAGUCUAGCAAAGCAUCUCCAUGUCGACAAUUACAACAACCCUUGUUGCACCUGUCGCUGGCCAGACGACCUCAUCAUCUGCGAUCGGAAGGCUGAGGAUGAACUGACGACCACGAAAGUCGCGCCGUGGCUACCUGCUCUCGCAUUUGCGAACAAGCAGCUCCUGAGCGAAGUCACCCUCUUCAUGCUCUCAACAACCGAGUGGUUCGACUUCAAGUACGAUGCAAAGAAGCCCUUCAGAAUCGCCCGCUGGUUCGCAGACUUCCUUUCGACGUUCCCCGCGGUCACCAUCGAUGGCGUAGCGACUACCCAGGGAUUCGCAGCCAUCAAGCGCAUCAACUUCCCCCACGUAAAGUACAGAGCGCAUAUCAUCCGAUUCAAACAUGACAUCGAAGAGAACCUCGACAUUAGCCUUAUGCUGAAAUGCACACAGCUCGACACCAUCGCCAUGUCAUUCCACUGGAUCCAGCUCGUCGAUAGAGCGUACACACAAUACCAGAGACCUCGCGAUCUAGAAGAUUUUCUGGAUGCCUUCGGAUUCAGACCGAUGCUUGAACAUGGCGGGGUCAAAAAAGUGUAUCUUGAAGGUGUGAAUCAUCUUCAGGGAGGGGAGGCGCGGUUGGCUUGUUUGUAUCAGUUUGGCGAGUGGCUUGUCAAGGGGUAUAGGAAGCGGGGGAGGGAGGUGGAUGUUCAUGUCAGUGAGCGACGUCAGCGGUUUGAUGGGAGGACCGUGGGGCCGAAGCUUGUGGUGGAGGACAGUGAGUAG